AUGGUCGCCACUGUCCCGGACACCAAGCUCGACUGGAGCUCGUACCACAACGUCAUCAACGGCGAGCUGCGCGCCACGUCCAAGACGCGCACGGCAGUCAACCCCGCCACGGAGGAGGCCCUCCCCCCAGUGCCGGUGAGCACCGAGGCGGACGUCGACGCGGCCGUGGCAGCAGCCCGCGCCGCCUUCCCGGCAUGGAGCAAGACGUCGUGGGACGAGCGCGAGGCGCUGCUCAACAAGCUCGCCGACAGGCUCGUGGCCAACCUGCCCGAGUUCACCGAUAUCCUCGUGCGCGAGUCGGGCAAGGCGAUCGCGACGGCCCAGAUCGAGGCCAUGUUCUCGCACACCUUCCUCCGCGGCCUCGCGGCGCUGCGCGUGCCCGAGGAGGUGGUCGACGACGCCAAGGAGGGAUACAAGGUCCGCCUGCGCCACCUGCCGCUAGGUGUCGGCGCGGGCAUCGUGCCGUGGAACUGGCCCCUCCUCAUCGGCCUGUUCAAGAUCGCGUCGUGCGUCAUCGCGGGCAACGUGAUCAUCGUCAAGCCGUCCCCGUUCGCGCCGUACGCGGUGCUCAAGGUCGUCGAGCUUGCGCGCGGGCUCUUCCCGCCCGGCGUGAUCCAGGCGCUUAGUGGUGGCGACGACCUCGGCCCGUGGCUCACCGAGCACCCGGGCAUCGACAAGAUCUCUUUCACCGGCUCGAGCGCGACGGGCAAGCGCGUGCUCGCGAGCUGUAGCCGCACUCUCAAGCGUGUCACCCUCGAGCUGGGUGGCAACGACGCCGCCAUCGUGUGCGAGGACGCCGACCUCGCUCAGGCGAUCCCCAAGGUCGGCACGCUAGCGUUCUUGUUCUCGGGCCAGAUCUGCAUGGACAUCAAGCGCGUCUAUGUCCACGAGGCGAUCUACGACAAGUUCCUCGCCGGCCUCGUCGAGUUUGUCAAGACGAUCAAGACGGGCGACCCGAACGACCCCGACACGCUGGUCGGCCCGCUGCAGAACUCGAUGCAGUACGAGAAGGUCAAGGAGCUCUUCGCGCAGAUCGAGCCGCAGGGGUGGAAGACGGCGGUCGGCGGCGCGCCCGACCUCAAGAGCGCGCACGCCAAGGGCUUCUUCAUGCAGCCGACGGUGAUUGACAACCCGCCCGAGGACAGCAUGAUCGUGCAGGAGGAGCCGUUCGGCCCCAUCGUGCCGAUCCUCAAGUGGUCCAGCGAGGAGGACGUCAUCGCCCGCGCAAACGACAGCAAGAUGGGCCUCGGCGCGUCCGUGUGGAGCGCCGACAUUGCGCGCGCCACCCGCAUGGCGGAGCAGCUCGAGGCCGGCUCGGUCUGGGUCAACACCCACUUCGACCUCAGCCCCAAGGUCCCGUUCGGAGGGUCAAAGUGGAGCGGGUUCAACCGCGAACUCGGCGUCGACGGCAUCAAGGGCUGGCUCGAGCCGCAGAGCCUGUGGGUCGCGACAGCGUAG